GUUAAGUAGCCCGCGUUUAUUAAGUUGCCCGACCCUCCACACCUCAGUGUGCUGUGACUGUGACCCGGACAGCUGACUAUAGGACCAUGACGAGCUCAGAGAUACUGACCGGACUGAUCCUAGUCGGGCUCUUUACCGUCAUGUGCUCUGGCCAAACUUCCCAAGAACUUACAGAUGACACACAACUGUCCCAGCAGGAAACGGAGAACGAACUGGUUGAAGCUAUGACAGCACUUCUGGGCAGAUAUCAGCCUUAUUUACCAUCUUCAGAAAAACGUGGCAUUCCACAGUGUGCUGUGGGGUCCCGCUGUGCCAUGAGACUGGGUCCACGCUUUGGGAAACUGUGUGAAUGCAUCAGAGGAUCUAACUGUAAUUCAUUUCUCUUAAAAUGCAUCUGAGUCAUUAAAAAGCAGCAAAUCCAUAAUCCUUUCUUGAAGCUGUGAAGUCAUGCACCUGAAAGAGGCAGUGGGUAGAAAUAUGUUUUCUGAAUCACUUCUGAGGUCUAUGACAAGCAUUUACCAAAAGGCAGCAUGACAAGCAAAG